AUGGCCUCCACCAACGAGCACGCAGACGCCAUGGAUAUCGAGGUGUCACCCAAAAACAAGACCUCGGUCGAACACGACAUCCGCCAGUCACUCGGCGCCAUUAGCAACUCUGUCGAAUCGCUUGAGAUGCGCGCCGACCCAGACGCCCAGGCGACUGUCACCGAUUUUCUCGACUUUACCGAAUACCUCCCCUCUGAUAUGAUGCGAUCAUUGACCCUGAUCGGCAAGCUCGACCAGACGUACGCAGAAGCAUCCCUCAAGGUCCACAACCUCACCUCAACCUGGGGAAAGCUCCCCAGCAUACCAGCCGAAGAACGCCCGUCCCCUGUACAGUUGCGCGCAGACAUCUCGGAUAGCCUCAACCAUGCGGUCAGCUCGCGGGUCUUUGCGCACGAGGAGUCGAUCCGUAUGUCCGAGAACGUGAGCCGUCACUAUAAUCGCGCAAAGACGAUCCUCGCAAAGUUGAAGGAUAUGCUGGAGAACUACCCGGCAGAGGAGCAAAAGAGCCCUGUGGCUACGACCAAGUCGCCUCAGCUUGUCAGGGCCCCGAGGAUGCUGCGCAAUGGGGACGGCGAAAAAGUACGACGGCCGCGCAUACCCAGAAUCACUGUUCCUGGCGAGGUGCUGCCGCCGUUCGACCAGUUUGUGGCGUAUUCAGACGAUAGCGACGAAAGUUCCGAGGAGGAAGACGACGAAUCCAUUGGGCGCACACCAGCUCGGUCAACUCCCGCGCCCCGGAUCAAAGUCCUCAAGACUCCUAAAGCCCGUCCGCCGAAGACCCCAAAAACCGCAUCAGCGCGGCCUCCUAAAUCGGCCGCAACUCCCGGUGCAGCCGCCACACCUGCUGUUGUGCUGCAGCCUCCGCCAGAAAACGCUGUGAUAGGUAGCGCGGAUGCUCCUUGGCUGCAGCUGACCCCAUGGGAAUUGGCAAGGUUGAGGAAGCGUAUGAAGAAGAACGCAACGUGGAACCCCAGUGACACCAUGAUCUUGCGAGAACUCAAGACGCUCGGCCGUGGAAUCGACGCCUACAAGGAGGCAAAAAAAAAGGCCGAGGACGAGGGCAGAGUCUUUGACCAGGUGCCCCCUGCCCUGGCUCCCGAUGCCGAGAACGGAAACAAACAGAUACCAGAGGGCGCUAUCAGUGCUGCUGCGCUCGCCUCUGACGACAUCCAGUUGAGCAACAGGGGCAUGAAGUUGAAUGAAGCAAAAAAGCUCAAGCGAGAGUCGUUGGCCAAGCAAGCUGCUGAGGAGGCGGAAGAAUCAGCCCGACAGUUUAGAGAGGCUGCGAGGCUUCUGAUGUCUCACGAAGCGCGGGCGUCGGCGUCGACUUCCAACAACGGUGCCGACCAGCCGAAGUCGGCAAACAAGGCAACCCCCAACCCCAAAGCUAAGCCGAAAACGAACGGCAACAAGCGCAAGAGAGACUCUGUUCCGGAGGCCGAGGCUGAGAAGCCUGAGCCAUUCGAGACACCGGCUCCGCGUCCUGCGCCAAAGCGUACCAAGACGGAGACUCCGGUGCCGCUGCCUCAUCUCAGAGCCGGUCUCGCCUCCCAGUCUCUGGCCGAAACUCCCAUCCCGCCCCCUGUUCUUACCCCGGGCGGCACUGUGGUUACUCCUAAGAUGACUACGCCUGUUCCAGUCCCAAUUCCCGGACAGGAGCCUGCGGCUGCGGCAACAACGAAACCAGUAAACACCUCUGCACCGGCAUCGUCACCAACUAGUUCAACCGAACAACCUGCCUCCAUUACGAGCAACGGGCUGGCGAACAUCGUAACAAAACCACUUGCGGAGACGCCCAUACCUCCGCCGAUGUUGUCACCCAAGAAGUCAACCACGCCGAUUCUUCCUCCAACACGCGAUGGUGCGGCUCGGAGGGAAACCAGGGGCGACAUGGCGAAGAAAGGCCAACAGCAGGCGGAAAACCUCGCGCCAGUGCUGCCGUCACAGGCUCCGCAAACGCAACGUUCAUCUUCUGCGGCCCCUUCCAUCAAACAGUCGAGCUCCCGGGCGGCGACGCCGGGCACAACACCCGUCCCGGAAGGUCAGCGACGUCCCGGCUCUAGAGGAAAAGCUUCGAGUCAAGAGCCGCAGCCCUCGCUCGUUCCUGAACGAUCCCGUCGCACUAGUACCGCGAGGAACACGCCAGCACCAGAGCAGAGACAGCCGGGCAAAAGGACUAGAAAGCCUGUGCCCGGUAUUGUCAGUAAGACCAACGCUGGAGGCAGCAGUGCCGUAGGUAAGCGCAAGGCCGCGCCCAAGAAGAAGCGUGCUCAGAAGAAGGAAAAGGGCCAGCCGAUCGAGAUUGAGCUGGAGGAGGAUGACGAGGGCAACCCGAUCGAUCCCAACGAGCCGCGGUACUGCGAUUGCAACAGGGUCAGCUUUGGCGAGAUGAUUGCAUGCGACAAUGAUAACUGCGAUAAAGAGUGGUUCCAUCUAGAGUGCCUCGGUAUGACGCAUAUCCCCGCGCGCACAACUAAAUGGUAUUGCCCUGACUGUCGUGUGCGCUUGAAUAUCGGGGAGAAGGGCGAGAUUAAUGCUAGGGGGAUCAAGGCCUGA